UGAGCCCUAGAAGAAUUCGAGAGAGCGAGAGAGAGAGUGGAGUGCGAGCGUAGCAGUAAGAGUGUUGCCGUCGGUAACUCUCGUCGAUUUCCCUUGUUUGCGUCUGCCUAAAGAUCACUUUGUUCUUGGAUUCGACUCUGUCUCGAGAUUAUGCUCAAGGCAUUUUGUUGAGGAUGUUGGAUGUCUCUCUGAUACUUGUCUUGCUUCCGGAUCACUGAAAGCUGUUGCGUGAGGGUGCCAUCUUACCACUGAAGAAAGCUAUCGAGAUGGAUCCAUAUCUAUCACGAAACCAUAUGCAACCUGCUACAAGCACAAGCAAGGACACUGGCUUGCCUACGUCUAAUCCUCAUUGGUUCCAUUCCUACUUCCCUGUUCCAAGGACCACAGGCAUUGAUCUUUCUCAACCCCCUCAAGCAGAGCCUGCUGAACUUGCCAUGUUGCCUCAGCAAGUUCGUUUGUUUCCUCCUCCUACAAGAGAAUACAUACACGAUGUGGAGCAGAAGUCGUCCACGAUGCUGUCUCCUUCGAAAGCGUUGAAGCCAAAACCACAAAGCAAGAAACGCUCUGCACCCAAAACCCCAAAGAAGACACUGAGCAUCCCCGAAACAAAGCGCGAGAAAAAGAAUCCUGACAUCAACGUUGUUGACAUCUCGAGCUUCGAUGUUUCUGGUGUUCCUCCACCUGUCUGUUCCUGUACAGGCGUUCCGAAGGUUUGCUACAAAUGGGGCAUGGGCGGUUGGCAGUCCUCGUGCUGUACCAUCAGCAUAUCGACAUUCCCACUACCCAUGAGCACAACAAGGCCUGGAACUCGACUCGCUGGAAGGAAAAUGAGCAAUGGUGCUUAUGUCAAGCUCCUUAUGAGGCUUGCUGGUGAAGGCUAUGACUUGACUUUCCCGGUUGACCUCAGGAACCACUGGGCCAGGCACGGUACUAACAAGUUUGUGACCAUCAAGUAGCUGUGUUAUCAGUUAGGUUUGGUUUUAGGCUUUUAGCUUUUGUGGUUUCCGUGUAUCUCCCUUUUUUUAGUGUUAUCUCUUUAGUACAUAUGUUUCUUAGUGGCUUUAAAAUCGUGAAGGAGAUUCAGUGUCUAUGAUCUAUAGGACAAGACAACGUUUAGUUUUUAGAAUGAAUGUUUCUUAGUACUGGUAUCAACAGUGUUCUGUGGAAUCUAUCUAUGGUGAUUAAGUGUCUUUGCUCUUA